UAUGGUCCCGGGACCGCCGCUGCAUGCUGUAUAUGUGUCCGUGACGUCAACCCGUGGGUGAGCCUCUGCAUCCGACUUCUAAUGGCCGUGUCAGUCUUGAAAGAGCCGCGCUGAGUGGUUGGAUUAGAAGCCAAUGUGAAACGGGUCCUCUCAUUGGCUUAAAUUUGCCCCUUCGCUCUGCGUCCGCAUCCCGACCGGACUGGACCCUGAGGUCAAUCGGAAGCUGCUGUUUUAGUGGCGAGAUGGAUCCCAGGUAUCCCGACAGCGGACCCCGCGGGAAGUUGGAGAUAUGCACUUAGAGACGCACAUCUGGGGGUCUAUCUGGCACUGCGACCCUCGCCACCUGCUUCAUCCACCGACCGAGGUCCUCGCUGCCCCGGCCCCACCCAGGCUGCCUUGAGAGUCGGUCGCAAGUAGGUCCCCAGGCUUGGAGUGACAUGGGCACCGAGAGUGAAAGCCCAGAGCCGGACUGCCAGAAACAGUUCCAGGCCGCAGUCAGCGUCAUUCAGAACCUGCCUAAGAACGGCUCUUACCGCCCCUCCUACGAAGAGAUGCUGCGAUUCUACAGCUACUACAAGCAGGCUACUAUGGGGCCCUGCCUGGUGCCCCGACCUGGGUUCUGGGACCCCAUCGGACGCUACAAGUGGGAGGCCUGGAACAGCCUGGGCAAGAUGAGCAGGGAGGAGGCCAUGUCUGCCUACAUCACUGAGAUGAAGCUGGUAGCACAGAAGGUGAUCGACACAGUACCCCUGGGCGAGGUGGCAGAGGACAUGUUUGGGUACUUCGAGCCCCUGUACCAGGUGAUCCCUGACAUGCCGAGGCCCCCAGAAGCCUUCCUGAGAAGGGUCACAGGUCGGAAAGAACAGGUGCUGAAUGGAGAGGUUGGAGCUGUCCCAAAGCCUCCCUGCCUCCCUAAGGAACCAGCAUCCCUAAGCCCAGCUGCCUCUGCCCAGUUGCGUGGCCCUGUCUCCACAGCCUCCUUGUCCACAGUGGCCCCACCAGAGUCCCAGCCACCCCGGGACCUGGACGCUGAGGUUUUCUGUGAUUCCCUGGAGCAGCUGGAGCCUGAGCUGGUUUGGGCAGAGCAGAGGGAAUCACCUGCAGAAGAUCCUGAUACCAGAAACAGCCCAACGUCCCCCACAGAGAAAGGGAGGCUGGAGGGCAGCCUGCUGGGGCCCCAGGAAUUGGACAUGUGGUUGGUGGGGACAGUUCGGGCACUGCAGGAGAGCAUGCGGGACGUCCAGGGGAGACUGCAGAGCCUGGAGAGCUUGCCCCAGCCCCCUACGCAGAGACGGCGACCUAGUGCUCGGCCUUGGACCCUCGGGCUCUCAGGUCCCACGCUGCUCUUCUUCCUCCUGUGGCCCUUCCUCUGGCUCCAGCCUGUAUCCAGCGACUGAACUGGCCACUCUAGUGCCUCCUGCUGCCCGGCACCUCCACGAUCACCGGCCAGGGUCCCGACCAGAGGGCCACAGCAGUGAGCCCUGGGCAGCAGCCGCCCUCUGGACCCAGGGCCAUCUGCCCCUGGGUGAGGAAGAGGCAGUUCUGAUGGCCAUGGCUGGAGAAACAACCUGCACAGAUCCCCGUCUGCCCUGGCCUCAACCACUGCCCCUGGCCUUAGCCGCUGCCCCAGGCAUAGCCAUCAUUCGCCCACGGGAAGCCAUGGACAUAGCAGAGAGGUUGAACACGCCCCUUGUGAUAAGGAUGGACAACAGCAGGGCAGCGCAGUCGGGACGCAGGUGUGGGACUAAGCUAGCAAUGCCACUUGCACACUAGCUGUGUAAACUGGGGCAAAUUCUUCACUGCUUUAAGCCCAGGUGGCCUUGUUUGUGAACAGGGAUGACCUCUUCAGCAUGAGGCAAUUCUGGGAUCUAAGAGUGACCCUGGCAUGUAAAAUGUCUGGCUAAGGGUUAGAAUUUAGCUAAUAUGGUGGUGCCUGGCCCUUUGACAGGAUUCUAGAAUUCUGCAACCGAUCAGCCUGGCUACCCCUCCCCCACCACGACAAAUGAGACCAUACAGCUGAGCCUGUCCAGUAUGCAGGCAGGGCUCAGCUGUACCUUCCAGACUCCCUGGACUGGAGCUACUCGAGAGUUCUCUCAAGUCUUAAAAUGUAGUCCCAACCUGGAGGACUCUUGGAAUUUGGUGUCUAGUCACCUUCUCCCUCCCAUGCUAGGGCAGUUCAUGCUGUCUGGGAGCCCAGAUGAAGGCUUUCAGAUAGACCUGAGUUCUUGGAAGUCCCUGGGAAACCAGCUGAGGUGGUCAUUUUGCAAACACGGGGAUAGGAUUCAAAGUCUUGCUGGCCUCUCUCUUUGGAGGCUGGCUGCACCGGCCUUGGCUCUUUCCCCACACAUACUUUCGGCUGCCUCACCGUCACUCUUGAGGUCCCAGACAAGUUCUUUUCUUUGGCCACAAUGCUUGCUCUUCAUAAAAUGCCCUUCUUUAUACCCACUGGCCUGAAAACUCAUCCUUUAGAAUCACCCACAAAGCUGCUUCCUCCAUGACACCUGUCCACAAAGCCCAACUCUCAAGCAGCUUGGUUGACAAGCUCCAACUGGGAUUUUCUCCACUUUGCCAUUUUGACUCACUGUGGAUCAACGGAUUCUUCACACAAUCCAGGAGCAAUUUGGGGUGUUCGUCAUCUUUGUGCCCUCCUAACAAAUGCUUGCCAAAUGAAGAAAGGACCUGAAUUAGGUUAGAGUUGUUGGGAAUGAAAGAGAACUAAAUUCUUUGGAGGAAAAAGGGGGAUUUGGGGCCAGCAUGUGGU